ACAAAGCACCGGUAGAAGUAACUGCAUUACUUUUUGACGCGUAGGAUGAGUUUGUUGUGUAAUCCAAUUAACUCCAGUCCGUAUUUCCCCUCAAACCUAUCUUGCUCACUGGCAGGGCUUGUUUACUGGCGGAGCGGCUGGGAAGAAGGGGAUCCAACAGGACCUGGGAGACUGUACAAUCUACCUCUCUGUGCGUGGAAGAAGAAAAAGGAGAAAAACAUAACUCUGAAACUUCAUUUCUCUUACUUUUCUCUCAUUCAGACACACGCUUAGUUGUGGGAGCAGUCAGCUGUGAGGCGCAACUUGAAGCAAUUUUUUUUUUGUUUUUUUGUUUUUUUUAAAUUCCCAAACAAAACAAAAAAAAAAAAAAAAAAAGAGAAGAGCAGCUGGGCAGAGACGAAGUCUUGUCUGUCAGCCUUUCGGAGAGUGGAGGUCUCACUGGAAAUCUCUGCACUGACUGAGGAGGAGCUGUCGCUUUGGCGCUAGCCAGCUGCCCGGAAAAAAAACACCUUAUUUCACAAGAAAAAUAAAUCAGCUGUAAUGUUUUGUGCUCGCUGGAGGACUUGAGGGGAUUUUUUUUUUUUUUUUUUUUUUUUUGCGAAAGGCACGCUAACGUUACGCCACGCAUGCCACAACCAUCGAGUCAGCAGCAAACGGCUCCGAAAUUCCUCUUAUUUUUAAGUUAAUGGUCGCUUUUACUGAGAUGUUCACGCAUGCAACUUAUCUCUUUUUAUAAAGAAUAUGCAACGCAGCUGUGUGAGUAUGCGUGAGGUUUCUUAAAAGUUAGAAUUAAUUGAGAGUGUUGCUGUAAAAGCAGCGCAAACUUCACUUGUGGCCUGGACUGGAGUGGCGGAGCCAGGCUAGGCAGCUAACGUUAGCUAGCUAGCUUAACUGCCGUUUGCUAGCACUAACGUUGUCUUCUGCUCGGCCGACAAGUCUGUUUUUGCUGUUUUUCCUCCGACACAGACAAACUCAUCUGGGACAGUUUAACUAACCAAUGCAGUUAAAGACACAAAAGGAGCACGCAUGUCCCGUGUUUUGUUAACAGUGCUUUUCCAUGAGGCGGCUAACUUUAGCAGCGUUAGCCGUGUUUGACUGAACACGUUGGACUCGUUCCUCCGCCCAUCUUCCGCGAUGUCUUUUAUUUAUUUUUGUUUACCUGUUGGCCCACGCUGCAAAACAAACCCAAUUUCCUGAGGGCAUUUCUCCUCCAAUUUGAACUGCCCUCCUCGCCAAGGAUUAUUCUGUAUUUGACCCGGAAUAGUGCUGGAUGGUGUCUUAUCCCGAGUCAGUUAUGUGGCUCCGGACUUUGUGUUUGUGUUUUGUUUUGUCCGCUGGCUGCUUCAUGAUGAGCUGUCAUCAAGCAAGUGCAGAGGUUUGUCCAAGCAAGGACAUCAGGAACAAUGUGACCAACCUGCAGACGCUUGAGAACUGCACUGUGAUCGAAGGCCACCUGAAGAUCUUACUCAUGUUCAAGACCAAGCCCGAGGAUUUCCGAGGCCUCAGUUUCCCCAAACUGAUAGUGGUCACUGACUACCUGUUGCUCUUCAGAGUUUACGGCCUGGAGAGCCUCAGUGAUCUCUUCCCCAAUCUAACUGUGAUCAGAGGCAACAAUCUGUUCUUCAACUACGCUCUAGUGAUGUUCGAGAUGCUCCAGCUGCGAGAGAUCGGCCUCCAUAGCUUGAUGAACAUCACCCGAGGAGCCGUGAGAAUUGAGAAGAACCCAGAUCUCUGCUAUCUCUCCACUCUGGACUGGUCCAAAAUCUCGGACUCGGUGGAGGACAACUACAUCAUGGCUAACAAGAACGACAGAGAGUGUGGUGACGUGUGCCCAGGGGCGGCAAUCGGAAAAACCACCUGCCAGACGACGACCAUCAACGGACACUUCAGCGAACGCUGCUGGACGCAGAACCACUGUCAAAGAAUGUGCCCUGUUCAGUGUAAACAUCGAGCCUGCACCAAGGACGACCAGUGCUGCCACGACCAAUGCCUGGGCGGCUGCCUGAAGCCCAACUCAGCCAGUCACUGCGUGGCCUGCCGCGGCCUCCAAGGGCACGAGGGCAACUGUGUGGAGCGCUGCCCCAAAAACCACUUCACCUUCAAGGGCUGGCGCUGCGUCUCUUUCGCCUUCUGCCAGGAUCUCCACAACAGAUGCAAGCGGGAGAAGGAGCACAGCAAGAGCCCCGACUGCCACGAGUACGUCAUCCACAACGGUGCCUGCAUCCCCGAGUGUCCCUCCGGCUACACGACCGUCAACUCCUCCUCGCUCAACUGCUCUCCCUGUGCAGGGCUUUGUCCCAAGGUAUGUAUGGGUCUGAAAACUGUGGACUCUGUCACAGCAGCCCAGGCUUUGAGAGGCUGCACUGUUCUCAACGGGAGCCUGGUCAUCAACCUGCGUGGAGGAAACAACAUAGCAGCUGAACUGGAGGCCAGCCUGGGCCAGCUGGAGGAGAUUACUGGCUACCUGACAGUGCGACGUUCCUACGCCCUCGUAUCCCUCUCGUUUUUCCGCAAACUCCGUGUUAUUCGUGGAGAGGAACAGGAAAUCGGGAAUUACUCGUUCUAUGCCCUGGACAACCAGAACCUGCGACAGCUCUGGGACUGGUCCAAACACAAACUGACCAUCCUGCAAGGACGUAUGUUUUUCCACUACAACUCCAAACUCUGCAUGUCUGAGAUCCGCAAGAUGGAGGAGGUGACGGGGACCAAAGAGCGGCAGGUCAAGAACGACAUCGCCUCCAAGAACAACGGAGACCAGGCGUCAUGUGAGAACCAUGUGUUGAAGUUUACCCAGAUUCGAACCAUGAGCGAUAAAAUAAUGGUCAAGUGGGAACCUUUCUGGCCUCCAGACUUCAGAGACCUGCUGGGAUUCAUGGUGCUCUACAAAGAAGCACCUUUUCAGAACGUAACCGAGUUUGACGGGCAGGACGCCUGCGGCUCCAACAGCUGGGUGAUCGCUGAUGUGGACCCUCCACGUCGAGCCACAGAAGGGGAUAAAGAGCAGUUUGAACCGGGUCAUCUCAUCCUGCCACUGAAGCCCUGGACGCAGUACGCCAUAAUGGUGAAGACCCAGCUCUCAGCCUCUGACGAGCACCAGGUCCACGGAGCCAAGAGCGAGAUCAUCUAUGUUCGCACCAACGCCACCAAGCCCUCAGUCCCGCUGGACCCCAUUUCCUCGUCCAACUCUUCCUCCCAGAUCAUCCUCAAGUGGAAACCCCCCAAUGACCCCAACGGCAACAUCACUCACUACCUGGUCUUCUGCCAGCGCCAGCCUGAAGCCAGCGAGCUCUACAAGUUUGACUACUGUCAGAAGGGGAUGAAGUUGCCAUCACGGGUCCCCACUCAGGUGGACAGUGACGAGGAGCAGAAGUGGAACCAGACGGAGGAGCAGGGCCAGGGGACACGAUGCUGCGCCUGCCCCAAAACCGACAAGGAGCUUAAGAAGGAGAAAGAGGACUCAGAGUACCGCAAAACCUUUGAGAAUUACCUCCACAAUGAAGUCUUUGAGAUAAAACGCUCGAGACAACGUCGCUCUGUGAUGGGCAUCGCAAACCGAACGCACCCAUUCCUCACCACCGCCCCCAGCCCGCCCCACGGCACAGGCAUCCCUGAGGACGAGGACGAGGAAACCUUUGAAAGCACAAAGACGGUGGUGACCGUCCACGCCAAGGAGUCCACUGUCAUCUCCAACUUGCGCCACUUCACCAGCUACCAGAUUGAGAUACACGCCUGCAACCACCCGACCGACCCGGCCCGCUGCAGCAUGGCAGCGUAUGUCAGCGCCCGCACAAUGCCUGAAGAUUGUUCCUCCUGUGGGCUCAAUCUUGGUAAAGAAAGAAAAAAACUUGACAAAGCUGAUGACAUCGGGGGUCCCAUCAGUUACGAGGUGACAGAAAAUUCAGUUCACAUCACAUGGCAGGAACCGGUAGCCCCUAAUGGUAUGAUCAUCCUGUACGAGGUCAACUACAAGAGACUGGGAGACACUGAGGAGCUGCACUACUGCGUGUCGAGGAAAAUGUACAAAGUGACCCGUGGCUGCAAGCUGAAAGUGAUGCAUCCUGGGAACUACACGGUGAGGAUCCGGGCCACCUCGCUGGCUGGAAACGGAUCCUGGACUGAGCCCACGUACUUCUACGUCCAGGACGCAAGCGAUCCUCUCUACAUCGUGAAGAUUGUAAUUGGACCGGUCAUCUGCUUUGCCCUCCUGCUGCUUGUGGCAGUGGCAGGAUUCGUCAUGUUCAAGAAGAAUCAAACUCAAGGUCCCAAUGGUCCCAUCUACGCCUCUUCAAACCCGGAGUAUCUCAGUGCUAAUGAUGUGUAUGAGGAGGACGAGUGGGAGGUGGCCAGAGACAAGAUCAACAUUUUGAGGGAACUGGGUCAGGGCUCCUUCGGCAUGGUCUACGAGGGCAUCGCCAAGGACAUCAUCAAGGGCGAGGGGGAAACACACGUAGCAGUGAAGACGGUGAACGAGUCGGCCAGCCUGAGAGAGAGAAUUGAGUUCCUGAACGAGGCCUCUGUCAUGAAGGCCUUCAACUGCCACCAUGUGGUGCGUCUGCUGGGUGUUGUGUCUAAAGGCCAGCCGACGCUGGUGGUGAUGGAGCUGAUGACCCACGGAGACCUGAAGAGCUUCCUCCGCUCUUUGCGACCUGACGCUGAGAACAACCCCGGGCGUCCACCGCCCACUCUGAAGGAGAUGAUCCAAAUGGCUGCUGAGAUCGCAGACGGCAUGGCUUACCUUAAUGCCAAGAAGUUUGUCCACAGAGACUUGGCAGCCAGAAACUGCAUGGUAGCUCACGAUCUCACCGUCAAAAUAGGAGACUUUGGUAUGACCAGAGACAUCUACGAGACCGACUACUACAGGAAGGGAGGGAAGGGCCUGCUGCCCGUCAGGUGGAUGGCACCUGAGUCUCUGAAAGACGGUGUCUUCACUGCACAUUCAGACUGCUGGUCAUUUGGGGUUGUGCUGUGGGAGAUCAGCACGCUGGCCGAGCAGCCGUACCAGGGCCUGUCCAACGAGCAGGUCCUCAAGUUUGUCAUGGACGGGGGCUUCCUGGACCGGCCGGACAAUUGCGCUGACAGACUACACAACCUGAUGCAGAUGUGUUGGCAGUACAACCCCAAGAUGCGUCCCACCUUCCAGGAGAUCAUUGAGAUGUUACGCGAGGACCUGCAUCCUUCCUUCCAGGAGUUCUCCUUCUUCUACAGUGAGGAGAACAAGCCGCCCGAGAGUGAAGACUUUGACCUGGACAUGAUGGAAAACAUGGAGAGCAUCCCGCUGGACCCGUCGUCCUACUCCCAGAGGGAACAGUGUUUGGACAGGGACGAGGCCUCCUCCAUGGGCCUGAGGGGCAGUUACGAGGAGCACCACAUCCCGUUCACACACAUGAACGGGGGAAAGACCAAUGGACGAAUACUGGCCCUACCGCGGUCCAGCCCCUCCUAACAUAGUGUACACAUCCCCGCAAACAUGUCGAUGCUAUAGAUUUAAAUAUAUUUUUGUUUUUGUUGUCAUUUUAUAUAUAUAUAUCACACUUUUAUCACUCUCUCUUCAGAAGCCCCUCAGUGCAUAUCUCAGGACCUUAUUUUUCUCCUCAGAUGCCACAAACAGACACUACAGCAAGUCCACACACGGAUACCAGAAGACACUUUUUCUAUUUAAGGAUGAUCUCUCUUGUUCAUGAUUGUAGUUUAUAUACUGUAUAUAUAUAUAUAUAUAUAUUGCCAAGUUUGUGCUAGACUGGGUGGAUAAUGGAUUCAACUGUGAAACAAACUCUUGACAAACAAGAAGGCUGCUAAACCCACUGUCCCUUCCCGAGUCCAGACUGUGCCCCUCUCCCCUGAUUCAACAAAAGGGUUCAUCCCCGGGUUGCUAAGUUUUGAAAAAAAGUGCCCUUCUAUUUUGUCUGUGGCCUACAUCAGUUGUCAUGGAACUGUUUCUGAACCUUUGUACGCAAGUGGAUGACGAACUGAAAGUCAAGACUUUGGGAACUCUGUUGGAUGGUCAAAGACGGUCCAUCCUCGAACAAACUCUUAUCCACUGGAGAAGCUGGUUGAAGUAGCUUACCUCCUCACACUCUGCAGUAUUCCAAAAUGGCACACAGGAUGAACACAGGACUUUUGUCAGGUUAUAUUUUUUAAAAAUUUAUUUACAUGUCUUUUUCUUUUCCUUUCCUUUUUUUCCUCCUUUUUUUUGAGUUUUCACAUUUACAGCUGAAGGAUAUUUAAACUGUUUUCAAAAAACAUGUUGGUGAACGAGUUCCUCAGAUUGACCAAUAGCUGCUUCUUUGGUAUAUUUUAGUGGGUAUAGAAGAUAAAAAUAUAUAAAUAUAUAUAAAUAUAUUAUUGAUGUUUUUGUACAUAGCUGAUAUGUUGUCAUUCUUGAGGUAUUUUCGGUCAUAGAAAAUGUUUUUAAAUGUUAGUCUCAUGUUUAUUUUUUCUAAUCCAGAAAAUCAUACUAAUUCGCUUUUUUGGACUCACGAUCAACCAACAGCACUUGGUCUUUUUGCUAUGCGAUGUCAUGUGAUGCCUGGGAGGAGGAGUGUUUGGCGUCUUCAGCUUAAGAUGUCUGCCCAUCAUAUCAAGAUCAAAUAAAAUAGUGCUGUAAAUAAUGCAGCAAGGUGCAUUCAU